AUGGCAUCAUCCUCAUCCGUAGGCAACGCGUCUCUGGCCAACGCUUCCUCAGCCCAGGCAUUCUACACACACUUUCGAGCGGCGACCGAUUCGCUCUUGACUCGACUCUCGAAUGACCCGUCAACGACCACGACGCCCGAAUUGCUCCAACAGGCGCUGCAGACGUAUUCUGGUCUGAGCGCCGAGCUGACUCAAGCAGUAGACAGUGGCGUGCUGCCAACUCACGAUCAAGGUGUGCACAAGCGGAGGUUGGAGGAGGUGGCAGCUGCAAUUGAGGCCAAGAGGAGGAGUGUCGCGCAACAAGGGCAGGUGGAAAGGAAGAAUAAGGGUGGGUUUGCGUUCAAACGCAAACAGCCAGCUAUCGAGGCAGUGCCGGGACUAGCAGUCUCGUCGCGUUCAGAGGCAUUGCAAACAUCGCCACAGACACCUCGAGCGACGGCUCAGGAUAGACAGUCGAGCCACUUGACCGUCUCAGCCAUCCACGACACUCGAUACACCCACUCUAGCACUAACACGACACAGCCACUUUUGAGCAAACACAUUUCGAUCGAUGUCACCGAUGUCUCCAACUCAAUCGUUGACCUUCGCUCCCUCGCCGAGCCGGCGCACACCGUUCUCGCGGUUCAAAUCCGCGGCGUCAUCAACUCGGCACUCCUCCUACCCCCAAUAGAGGGGAGUGUUAUGAUUCACGGACUCAAAGAUUCGCUAUCCAGCGUUCCGUCGUGUCAUCAGUUCCGAAUGCACGAGUCGAAGGACGUGGUGGUCGAGCUGUCGACAAAGCGAGGCAGCGUUGUAACCGUCGAAGGAUGUUCCGGGAUUACGUUUGUGACCAGAAGUGGCGAGGAGGUCAAAGUGCAGGAUUUCGAUGAUUUGAUCAAUAGCGAGCAGUUGCGGCACCAGGGCGAAACGGAAAGCAGGGCCAACUUUAGGGUUAUCCAGUCCAGGGGAAAUGGAGGGGAGCUGGCGGAUAAGGUUGAGCUGUUGUCAAGUGCUGAGAGCUCAACCAAAGCAGGCAUUGACAAGAUCGCCAACGAGCUGAAAGACUCGGUGUAA